AUGUCGACCUACUAUGUGGGACCCUUCGGGCGUAUGUUACCUGUGACCGACGGUCCUUCUUCGGAGCGAGAGCCUGAUCGUCCGGCUAACUUGCCAGUUCCUGGAACAACCCAUCCAUACCAACUUCCACCACCUCGUGCUUCAGCGCCUUUGCAGUUCGGAUCGGAUCCUUUCCUGCACCAGCGGACCCAGGGAGAGAGAACCGACCUUGGAGGACCCCUAUCCGGCCGUUCGCCGGCCCCCAGCCAUCAGCCCGCAAAUGAGCAACUGCCGUCAGUUAGCCAGCUGUUGACCCCGACGGCCCAGGACAGCCGACCAUCGUCACCCUAUCACCCCGUUGGUUUUGGAUUCUACGCAUCUCCGAAUGGGGCCGCAGAACCCUCGCCAUCGUAUCGACAUCAUGAUCCUGCCCCCGUCCUGACGCCGAACCGCAACGGAAUUCCUGACCAUCAACUCCAUUCGGAUCCUCUCCAUCAACGUCACCCCGGUUCAUUGCCUCCUCUCGCUCGUUUGUCUCCGCAUAAUCUGGGACGCGAGGCCUCAGUGAAUCCGCCCAGCCAGGUCAACUCCCCCGUUCCUUCGUUCCCGCAGGGACUGUUUCAUCCACAUGGAUUCCGGCAUCUCGAGAGGGAUCCUGAAGACAGCGGACUCCCCGAUUCCCCUGACGCGAGAGUUUCGGCCGAGAACAAAAGCCCUACGUCAAAUGUCCGUUCGCAUGUGGUCGAUGAGAGGUACAUCGACGGAGAGGGGCUGUGCUAUAUCUACGCCGACGGGACUCGUUGUCCUAAGAUCAUUGACGGAGUCGCUGUGAACGCGAACUGGGGCAUUACGAAGGCCGGGAAGCCGCGAAAACGACUCGCCCAGGCCUGUUUGACCUGUCGCGAGAAGAAAAUCAAAUGCCAGCCGAAUCUUCCGAAAUGCGACCAGUGCCAGAAGUCCGGCAGAGAGUGCCGGUUCGAGAGCGCACCUCGAGGUCAUCGUGCAGCGACGAAGACCUCCCAACCGAUAGGCCGAUACGAAGGACGAGACAGUUUCUCCGCCGGAAGUCACCACUUUUCCGGCUCCUCUCAUUCCAUAUACUCGAUGGUCCGGGCCUCGGGAAGCUCGACUUCGCUCCCGAGGACCAACUCUCAGUCGCCUAUAUCUGACGGCUCGAUGCUCACUCCUUCGGCGGUGGAUAGCACCCAUGACAGUGGGAUGGACUACGAACAUUACAGAUUGAGAGGCCCAGGAUCGAAUCAGAUCUCGGCAGGCGUCGAGGACCUGCCCAGACGUGUGGAUGCUCAAGUGACUCCUGACUACUCUGACAUUCUCACGGGGCUGAAAGACUUGGACCCGGAAGAUCCGAUCGCCUGCGACUGGAGAAUUGAUCCGUACGAAAUGGAUCCCGAGCUCACGCUUCAUUACGUCGAAACCUACUUCACGUAUGUGAACGAUCGGAUGUACUACAUGUUCCCUCGAAGUCGAUUCCUGCUGUGGCUUCGUUCGAGCCAGCCAAAAUCCCUGGAUGACCAUAUGCUUCUUUACUCGAUGAUGACCCUAGGAUCGGUCUUCUCCGAGCGCCCCGACAGGGUGAUAGCAUUGAAGAGAUACUCUCGCACGGCUCGAUAUGCCGUGGAACACAGCAGACACAGCCUCACCCUGCAGCUGGCUCAAAGUCGCAUCAUUAUGAGUCUCUGGUAUUAUGCCAUCGGGGCUCUUGUGAAGUCGUGGGAUGCCGUCGGGGCUGCCGUGCGGACAGUCUGCGGACUACGGUACAAUGUCGAGUUGGGUGGAGUUAUUGUGGACCAAAGUCGAGAAUGUGAAUACGGUUUACAUCCUCAGGCGUUGAUCGAAUGCCGACGUCGAACAUUUUGGGUUGCUUUUCUGAUGGACCGCCUCUCGUGUUUCUAUACCCCCUCGACCACCCUCAUUUCCUCACAAACCGCCUACCUCCGAUUACCUUGCCGCGAAGAGGUCUACGAAGCCCAGCAAUACACGACCGUUCCGUACUUCCAAAGCUUUUUGAAUCAACUUCCCUUGUCCCUCGAAGACGAGCUCUCGGGAUUGAGUGCGAUGGCACUCCUGAUAGACAUCUUGUCGUUGUGGGGAGAAGUUUCCGAUCACGUCUUUCGAUUGUCUUUGAUUCCGGCCGAGGCCUACAGCAGGCUGUUCGGGGAGUUCCAUGCCAAUGUUGUUCGCCGGUCGGACGAGUGGGCUGCCAGACUGCCGGACCACUUGACCUUCACGGCCGUCAACAUGGAACGCAGCAUUCGAGCGAAGAAGGCCGAUGCAUUCAUUUCCAUACACCUCUUAUACCAUGCAACCUUGAUGAAGCUGAAUCGGCACGCCCGAUUCCAAAAUCUUCCGGACGGACUGGUGGAUCGGUACAUCCACGCAACCCGAAACCACGCGGUCGAGAUUCUGCGGAUCUCGGUGGCUCUCAUGCGAUAUGCGGCCGACUACGAGUCUUCCCGGUCGGCUUUGGACCCCAAUGUCUCUAAGGGAACCCUCCUCAACCCGUUUCUGGGGUACGUGAUUCUGUCUGCGGUCGACGUGCUCAGCGCCGGCGGGUUGAUCGUGGACCUUCCCGAGUGCAUUCGCCUUAUUGGCGGUGGCCUCGAAGUGAUGCGCGAGCUGAGCCGGUUUUGGGCCAGCACCGUACCUCUCGUGGCCCUGAUCGAGGCACGGCUGAAUGCGAUGGCCGAGGUGCCUUACCCGACACUAGAGUUGGAGGGCAAGAUUGCCUUCCUUACGAAGAGUCUUUCCCUGGAUAGUCAGAUUCGCAGCAGCGUGCAGAAGCAGGAGUCCUCGGCCAAUGAAGACCUCCUGUACGAAGAGAUGCCGCGCGAACGGCUGUUCGUCGCUCUGGGGGUUGGGAACGUUCCCUUCUCGGAGGACAACAUCCUCUGGGUCAGAGAUCCCAGCUGA